AUGUCGGACGCGGAAGACGUGAGUUUCGAGCGGGCUGACGCGGGGGCCUCCCUGACUUACCCCAUGCAAGCGGGGGCUAUUAAAAAGAAUGGUUUUUGUAUGUUAAAGGGAAAUCCCUGCAAAGUCGUGGAGUUCUCCACGGCCAAGACCGGCAAGCACGGCCACGCGAAGGCGCACAUCGUCGGGCUCGACAUUUUCACCGGCAAAAAGUACGAAGACGUUUGCCCGACUUCGCACAACAUGGAAGUGCCAACUGUUAAGAGAUCAGAAUAUCAAUUAAUAGAUGUAGCUGAUGAUGGGUUUGUGUCUUUGCUGCUGGAAAACGGAGACUUGAAAAGCGACUUGACUCUUCCGAGGGACUCGGAGGGGAACUUGGAUGAGGUCGCGCUGCAGGUUAAGGCGCUGUUUCAGGAGGGCAAGGGCGUGCUUGUCAGUGUGCUGGCGGCCUGCGGAAAGGAGAAGAUCGUCGCUUGCAAGGAACUCUGA